AUGGAACUGCAACACACAAACGAUCCCCAACAGAAAGCGGCAUUAGAUCGGAAGCGCGUUACAGAGAGUGAAUGGUUUUUCAUGGUGGAAGGCAUUUUCAACACGCUCAACCACACCAUGAUCGGCGUGGUUUGCAUCUACACUAGCUGGCUCUGUUGGAAAAAUGGAUUCGACAAGCUCUACACCUGGCACGUGUUCCUCACUUUGAUCGGGUAUCAUCUACUAAUGGCCGAAGGGAUUGUUUUGCUGUACAGUGGUAACGGUUGGACGCAGAAAUUAACGCACUCGCAUAAACGCACCGUCCACUGGUUGAUCGAAGUCGUCGGCUGUAGUUGCUGUGUGGUGGGCAUUGCGUUGGAGAUCUACUUCCGGGAUUCCACCAACCGACGACACUUUUCAUCCACGCACAGCAUAGUGGGACUAAUUUCGCUCGUAUUUCUGGUGCUUACCCUUGCGAAUGGGUUGAUGGCGCUGUUUGCCACCGAGCUGCGAAAGCGCAUCCGACCGAUCUACGCAAAGUUAAGCCACUAUCUUACCGGCACGGUGUGCUACGUGAUGGGCAUGGUGGCGAUCGUGUUGGCGUAUGAAAAACGAAUCUAUCGCCAGAAUACGAUCACCGAGGGAAUAACGAUGAUGACCGUGUUCACGAUAGCGGUUACCGUGCUCAGCAUGAUUGGGGUGGUGAAGGCGAUCUACAAUCAGCUGAGGACUCUCGUGAAGUAA